CAGAAGGCAGUCAGUAUUCAAACAGAUUUCACAUCGACCGUUUCGUUCGCUUAGUUUCUAUAACAUACUUAGAUCUCAGUAUGAAGUAUUCAUUGCUCAUAUGUGGGAUAUUUCUGCACUUAACGCUGAUUCGUUCAGAUGUAGUGGGUAAAACCAAAUACCGGGAAACAACUUAUGGUCCGACCCUUGACGAAUUGUCUGAGGAUGAAGUAGUUGUGAGAUCGUGUGGAGUUCACAAUGACAAGGAAUGUGUGCUAAGACAUUUGUGCAAUGCUGAUGGAACAAUCAUAACGGAUGGCAGAGCUAUCAUUGAUUUGCGCACUGCAUCAUUCUCCAAUAAUGAUGGAUGCUUAUGGACCGAGACUUGCUGCGCUGAUGGCGAAAAGAUCUUGAAGCCCACUGAAGAGUAUGUUUCCCGUGGCUGUGGCUAUAGAAAUCCAAAAGGAUUACAACUCACCUUAAACAAUACCAAUGACAAUGAGGCGCAAUUUGGCGAAUUUCCCUGGAUGGUAAGCAUCGAAGAGAGAGUUUGCGAGAACGGGCAAUGCAGCUUUAAAGCUCAGGGAGGUGGCAGUCUCCUCGCCCCAAAUGUGGUGCUGACCUCAGCGCAUAAAAUCGAAAAUAGUCGAGAGGGCAAUCUUCGAGUGCGAGCCGGUGAAUGGGAUAAACUGACCACAUCUGAACCCUAUCACCAUCAGGAUCGUCUAGUGGCCAAGACGAUUGUGCAUCCGAGUUUCAAUCGCGCUGUCGGUUUCUACGAUGCAGCUCUGCUUAUUCUGCAGACACCGUUUAAGCUAUCGCCACACAUCGAUACCAUUUGUUUGCCCGAUAAAUCCGAGGAAUUUGACUAUCGUCGCUGCAUCGUCACGGGCUGGGGCAAGAAGACCAUGAGCGAUCCACACUACCCGAAUUUAAUGAAAAAGGUUGAUUUACCCUACAUACCGAGCUUCAAGUGCCAGAAGCAAUUGCGUAGCACACGCUUGGGACGCUAUUUCCAGUUGCACAGCAGCUUCGUUUGUGCAGGUGGUGAGAAGGAUCGCGAUGCCUGUCUGGGUGAUGGAGGAGCUCCGUUGGCCUGUCCCUCGACACGGAUCGAACCCAAUCGUUAUGUGGUCGCAGGCAUCGUUUCCUGGGGCCUCGAGUGUGGCUACGAGAAUGUGCCCGGCGUGUAUGCCAAUGUGAAGUUGCUGCUUCCAUGGAUUAAUCAACAGCUACAACUGUAUCAGGUUCCCAAAUAACCAAAAUAAAAAAAAAACAAUUGCUUCACUGUUUCACUGAAUAUGGCUCACUUCAGAGCCAUAUCGAUAAGUUCGAUAAGACAUCUUGCAGUGUGUUAGUGGUUCUGUUCUGGCCUAAAUCUAUAAGUUCUGUUAAUUGUUCUCCCACGCUGUUAAGGUGAAACAACUUCAAUUAUAUACAGAUUAAUUAUCAAUUGCUGUAAGCUAAGUUAUGUCUUAUGGAGCAAACAAUAAACCGCUUACAAAAAUA